UUACACAUUUGUAAAUUAUAUGUUUAAGGUAAUAACUAAAUACUAACUAAUAUAAUCGAAAACCCUCGUAAAACCAUCCCUUUCAUCACACAAAAUUGCCGAUUACCCUGAACUGCUGCCGAUUUCCGGCAGCCUCUCGCUUCCGCACUCCUCGGUCACCCUACACAAGACCACUGCUGCACACCACGAGCAGGAUACACAGUUCAGCGAACCACCUUCUAACGGCUUGCCUGGUUUCUCAAUAAAGACAGCCUGGGGAGGGGGAAGGAGGAGGAUUGAGCAUUGCCCACCAGGUGUUUAUGAAUUGUUCCGAAAGAGAAGAAUAUCUGUUCUGAAUUGAUUAAAAAACGAAGGAAACUAUACAAUUACCUUGAACCCAAGCGAGUUCAUAUGGCGAAUAGCAAGUAUGAGUAUGUGAAGUCAUUUGAAGUUCAAGAUGAAAUCAUGCUUCCAAACCUCAUUGUUGUCCGAGUGGAUGGCCGUGAUUUUAACCGGUAAUUGAGAACAGGCCCAAUGCUUUCUUUUCCUCUUUAAUCUUUUGGCUCUUAAAUGAUUGAGUCCCGAAGCUUUUAUCAGAUUUUCUGAAGUGCAUGAGUUUGAAAAACCAAAUGAUGAGAGAGCUCUGAAUUUGAUGAAUGCCUGUGCAUUUGCGGUUCUGGAGGAGUUUCCAGAUAUAGUCUUUGCAUAUGGAUUUAGUGAUGAAUACAGUUUCAUAUUCAAGAAAGACACCAAAUUUUACCAGAGGCGAGCCAGCAAAAUAAAUUCCCUUGUUGUAUCUUUCUUCACAUCUGUUUACAUCACCAAAUGGAAGGAAUUCUUUCUUCAGAAGGAUUUGAUGUUCCAUCCUUCAUUCAAAUCACGAGUUAUCUGCUGUGCAACAAUGGAAGUUCUUCAAACAUAUAUCUUGUGGAGACAAAGGGCUUGUCAUUUAGAAAACCUAUUUAAUACUUGUUUCUGGAAGCUGAUCGGAUGCGGAAAGUCUCAAAAGGAAGCAAAGGAAAUGUUGGAGGGAACUCAAAAACAGGAGAAAAACGAGAUACUUUUUCAACAGUUUGGAGUUAACUACAAGGAUCUUCCUAGUAUUUUUCGUCAAGGAUCAUGUGCUUUUAAGACAGAGGUUGAGGAUAUUGUGAAGUACAAGGAAAAUGGUGCUCCUGUAAAAAGAUUGAGGAAGAAGAUAACACUAACUCAUUCAGAAAAUGUAGCAGGAAGAAGCUUCUGGAAUGUGCAUCCAUGUCUUUGUAAGGAGCUGGGGCAUUUCGAAGGGGACAUUAGCAAAAUCAAUCCUGAGUAUAUCAAAUCAUUCCAAUUUGAGAAUAAUUUGAUGCCAUCUACUUGGAUUGUCAUUCGUGUUGACGGUUGCCAUUUUCAUAGAUUUUCCGAAGUUCAUGAAUUUGAGAAGCCAAAUGAUGAGCAUGCCCUGAAUCUUAUGAAUUCAUGUGCAGUGGCUGUGGUGGAGGAGUUUAAUGAUGUUGUCUUCUCUUAUGGGGUGAGUGAUGAGUACAGCUUUGUUCUAAAGAAGAACUCGUGCUUCUAUGAAAGGCAUGCAAGUGAAAUAGUGUCUGCAAUUGUAUCUUUCUUCUCUUCAGUGUAUGUUAUGAAAUGGAAGUUGUACUUUGCACAAAAAGAAAUGAAAUACCCACCAUAUUUUGAUGGACGAGCUGUUUGUUAUCCAUCCAUCGACAUCCUUCAAGAUUAUCUGGCAUGGAGACAAGUUGAUUGCCACAUCAAUAAUCAGUAUAACACUUGCUUUUGGAUGCUUGUCAAGUCUGGCAAGAGCAAAAGUGAAGCCCAAAACUGUUUAAAGGAGUGGAGAAAAUUGACAAGACCUCAUGCAUGGCACAGAAAUAAAGUUUCAAAAUGGAACAUUAAUUGGAAUGCCAAAAUGCUGGAAGGAAAUAUUAUAGGCUACACUAAACCUUAUUGCAUUCAGGGUACUCAAACUCAAGAGAAAAAUGGGCUGCUCAGCUGCCAAUUUGGCAUUGAUUACAACACAUUACCAACCAUGUUCCGCCAGGGGUCCUCUGUCUUCUGGGACAAGGAGAGUAAGACCUUACUGAGCAAUGACGAAGUGGUUGAGAAGUUUCGCAAGAAAAUUGUUGUUGAACACUGCAAUAUAAUUGAAAAAAGCUUUUGGAAAGCACACCCGAGUAUACUUGAAGAGGACAACAGAUGAUGUUAUUUUGUAUAAUUUAAUUUUGUCUAGUUUGUUUUCUUCCCGCAAUUCUUUGUUUUUCUUUUUUCCCCCUCUUUUUUGGGGUAAAUUGCACAAAUAGUCCUCCUGUACUAAAACAUAUAGGAAGUCCUCGAACCUUUAUUGGUGCCUAUCGAGCUUCCCUAUCUAUUUUGAA